UAAAAAAGCUGUACAAAAUCGCUUAUUAAAAGGGGCAUACAUUCUCUCUCUUACCCAAAAAUCCAAACCCACAAAUAAUUUAACCAAACAAAGAGCUUCUUCUUCUUCUUCUUCCUCUGAAUCAAUCAAUCCUCAAAAAAUGGUAGCGGACAAAAACCUCUCCGUUACCAUCAACGGGGGUGAAUCCAAACAAUCCACCACCACCACCGCCGCUAUAAUAUUCACCUACGGAACAUUAAAGAGAAACUUCUCCAAUCACCCCCUUCUCCAAGACCUAAUCAAAACAAACGACGCAUCAUUCAUCGGAACAUACCGCACCGUUCAAAAUUACCCUCUCGUAUGUGGUCCAUACCGUGUCCCAUUCCUUCUCAACAUUCCAGGGUCGGGUCAACCCGUUUACGGAGAACUCUACUCCGUUUCAUCAUUCGGACUUUCUCGAAUGGAUGAACUUGAAGGAACCGCGAAAAAUCACUACGAAAGGCUUCCUAUUAAGGUCGUUCGUGCCGAGGAAGACGAAGACGGGAGAGAAACGGAAGAAGUAACGGUAACGGCUGCUGAAGCGUAUUUUGCGCAUGGUAAUUAUGCGAUGGAGAUGUGGAAAAAGAAUGGAAAACGUGGGUUGAAGUGUUAUACAGAGAAAGAAACUAUUGGGUAUGUUAAACGUAAAGAUAGGCCUCAACAUUUGACUUUUCUUGAUCAAAUUCAAUUGUUUCUUUCUGAUUGAUUCAAUUUAAUUUUCUAUUAUUAUUAUUAUUUGUUUAUCUAUGUUUUUUAAUUUUGAUGAAUCUAGAAGAUUUUAUGAGGAUCUGUGUCUUUUGUUUUGUUUGUACAAACAAUGUCAAGUGAAACUACCCUUUUUCUUA